UGUGGCUGUCUGCUGCUGCGGAGAUCAGCUGCGAGGAGCUUUUUCUCAAAAAUGCUCCCCAAACUUCAGGGCCUGGAUGAACCGGCAGGACCCGCCGCCCUCCGCUCGGUCAGAGGCCGGACUGUAACGGGCUCAGGUGUCAACUGAAAACGAUGCAGUCUGUGCCCAUGGAGGUGGGAAGCAGCAGCGGCAGCGGCUCAGUGGUUCAGGUUUGCUUCCCCGGCGCUCAGACCUCGGUGCUGGACAGCCUGAACCGGCAGAGAGAGGACGGCAGCCUCUGCGACCUCUCCAUCCAUGUCCAGGGACAAGUGUUCAAGGCCCACCGCUGCGUCCUGGCUGCGUCCUCGCCUUACUUCCACGACCAGGUACUACUGAAGAACAUGUCCACGGUCUCCAUCCCGGCAGUGAUGGACCCGCUGGCGUUUGAGAGCGUGCUGAGCUGCGCCUACACGGGUCAGCUCCAGAUGCUCCGCGAUGACAUCGUCAACUACCUCACAGUGGGCAGCGUCCUGCAGAUGUGGCACAUUGUGGACAAAUGCACGGAGCUACUGAAGGAGGGCCGAGCCGCGGCGGCAGGAGGGAGCGGCGGAGGUGGAGGAGGUGGGGCUGUGCAGGAUGGAAUAAGUGGAGCUGGAGGAUCAGCCAACUCUGGCUGUAGCAGCAGCAAUGGUGACGGUGGAGCAGGUGGUGGUAAUGGAGCUGCUGGUGCUGGAAGUGUUGGUCAAGUCCAGGUUGUUGAGUCUAACGAGCCCCCGCGAGCCUCCCAGCCUCCCAGCCGCCCGUCGGUGAGCGAGAGCCAAUCACCCAGCAGCACCAACUACUUCAGCCCCAGGGAUGGGAGCAGCUUUGGGGGAGGUGGCGCGGCUGCAACGGGAGCUUCUGGAGAUGGAGGCGGGGCUAACAACACCCCCAGCUACUGCACUCCAUCAGGAGGCGAAGAAGCCUUCCUUAUUGAGGAGGAAGAGGAAGCCGAGGAGGAAGAGGAGGAGGUGCUGUACCAUCAAAGGAAACGAGGAAGCACAGGAGGAGGAGGCAGCGGGAGGAGGAAGAAGAUGAGCUCAGUGUCAGAGCAGGAGGUCGGGGUCAGCGACAGCUUUGGGGUUUCAUCCUAUCAGGACGGAGAGGACUCUGCGUUGCCGCUGCAGAAGCGUCCCACCUACAGCCAGCCCAGCAUCAUGCCUCGCAAGCAGUGGGUGGUGGUGAAAACCGAACGGAGAGAGGAUGACGACCUGAUCGUGGUCUCCGGGGAGGAAGGAGGAGAAGACGAGGAGGAUGAGGAUGAGAGGGAGAUGGAGCUGGCACGAGAGCGGGAAAGGAGCAACUUCAACAUCUCAAACGUCAGGAGCCUUUCAGGCGAGCUCGGGGGCAGAGCGGAGAACGAUAUGGAGUCACAGGUCGACUACUGCCAGUCUUCAGAGGACUACCUCAAGUUUGAAGGAAGUCUCAUGGACCAAACUUUAGUGCAACACCUUCACGACGGCGCUGCAGGUCAGAACCAGAACGCUAACCGGGCGGUUUCGGCGCUGCUGGGUCAGGUUCAGUCUGCAGCCUCGGCCCGGGCUCAGCUCUUCCCACUGGACAUGCAGGGAAACCAGAUCCUGCUGUACAGCCAGGCCUCCGGACUCCCGCUGGAUGCUAGCGCGCCGCCUCUGGGGAUGGCAGGCGGUAUGAUCGGAGGGUCGUCCUUCAAAGGUCCCAGUAUGGAGCACGGUGCGGUCCACCUGUCAGUGCAGGGUGGUUUGGGGGUGGAUGGCGCAGAGAGCGGAGGAAUCGGAGGCGGAGGCGGCAACAGUGGCGGCGGCUCUGGGGGUUCAGGGAAAGUGUUCAUGUGUCACUGCGGGAAGACGUUCACCCACAAGAGCAUGAGGGACCGCCACAUUAACAUGCACCUGGACCUGCGGCCCUUCCACUGCCCCGUCUGCGCCAAGAAGUUCAAGAUGAAGCAUCACCUCACCGAGCACAUGAAGACGCACACGGGCCUGAAGCCGUACGACUGCCUCGGCUGCGGCAAGAAGUUCAUGUGGCGCGACAGCUUCAUGAGGCACCGCUCGCACUGCGAGAGGCGCAGCGGGCUGGGAGAGAGCGGCGAAGGUGGAAGCGGCAGCGACGGAGGGAGGAGAGGUGGAGGUGAGGAUGGUCCAGAUCUGAUUUCCUCCCCCCACCUCCUCCUGUCUGCAGGUGAGGGUGGGCAGGGAGGCGUCCUGGGAGGUGGCGCGAGGGGAGGAACGUCAGUGUUGUCCCCGCAGCACGGCGGCCUCUCAGCCGCAGGAAGUGGCGGCGGUAACAGCAGCAUGAGUAACAGCAGCAGUGCCGCUCUGAGCAACAACAUGGCCGCUGCUGCAGGGGCGCUCCUCGGGGCGAUCUCCCAGAGCCAGGGUCAGGGAUCUGUGAUGUUUGGCGGUCUGGGGUUGGGUCGGGGUGCGUGUGAGGAAGACGUGUGCGAGGUCAGUGCCAAUGAAAGUAGCGUGACUUAAACCAAAAUGUGUGUCGAAUCCAACGGGCGCCUCUUUCCAAGCAAACAGCUGCUGGUUCCUGCUGCUGCUCUGAAAAGAAGAAGAAGCUCAGUGAGAAACUCUGAAACUCUUUUAACUGCCGACAGGUUUCAAACAGAGGUCGAGUAAAAAACAGGCGAGGCUCCCGUUGGACGCGCACAACCUGAAGGACCUCCAGGGAAACGAGACUUUGACUUCCACUCAUCUGCUGUGGUGUUUCUGAGACAAACGUGUGAAACUUGUUGUUGUCCGCAGUUCACAAUACUCUGAAUCGUGGCCUGGUAGAAGCGGACCUUCUGUCUCUGAGUAUUUGUUUAAAACGCCUGAGACGAUUAGUUUAUUCUGAGUGAAGAAUAUGCGCGUGCGUCCGGAGGAAACCAAAAACUAAAAGACAGCGCUUCUCUAACCGUUACCUUCUGUGGGGACAUUAUAGUCUCAGUAGAGUAGAAAAAUGGCUGUUCUGAAUUGCUGUGACUUUCUGCAAUAUUGUUUUGUGAUAUAUUUGCUACGAUUGGAGUAAAAAACAUAAAUCUGCAAAAACAAAUUGAACCUGAAAAAAAUAUGUGUUUUUUUAAAGCUCCGGGGUUCAUGAAACUCUCAGCUGACUUAAUCAGACGCUAAACGUUUGUUUGAACCAAGAAAAAUGCAGAUUUGUGUUUUUUCAAACUUUCCUCACAGCAGCAGCAGCAGCCCUGCAGUCUUUCCUGCCUCAGACCCACAAAACAGACCAAACUCAGCACUGCCAUGUUGUUUCAGAUGAUGCUGCUGGCACCAGUUUGAAGCCCAGCCUGAGGAUUCAGCUCCGAGAAAACAAAGAGCCACGUGUAGCAUAUAGACUGUAUGUAGAAGAUGGACACAGCCACCAUGACAUGUUCUAGCUACUCCAACUACUGACUAUGGAACACACCAUACACCAGGAAACCGUAUAUAUAAAUAGGCACAGAUUUCUGCUAGUUAGACUCAUAACAGACUAAUAAUUGAAGAUACGAUAAAUUAUUUAAUUCUCUGAUGCUUCCAUUAAAAAUGCUUCAUAAACACAGUUCACUCAGAUGAUGUGAGGCCUGUAAGCUACAGUCAGUACCGUCAGUUUAGGGAGACACAUCGAACUUUGGGACUGUAAAAUCUAAUGAAGGGAGUUAUAUGGAGUACAACUGAUAUGAAGGGGGAAAUAUUAAUAGAGGGCAAGAUAACUUUGUACCAGGCUUCAAACAGCUGGGAGGAGGCCUCGGGGCAGAACCAGAUGAGCUUGAGGAGGUGACUGAACUCAGCUUAGACCCAGGUAGGCAGCAAAAACUGGGUGGAUGGCCUUGACAUGUUUAUUCCAUCUCUGAAAUAACCUGCAUUUCAUGCCCGGGCUUUUCCGUUUGGUAUAAAUGAUAAUAAACAAUAAACUGUG